AUGGCCAGAACAGGUUCAGGACCAUCUAAGGAAUUUGGAGGUCCACAAGUCCAUGGACCUGAUGAAGUACAUCCAGAGGUCCUAAGGGAAUUGGCAGAUGAAGUUGCUACGCCCAUAUCCAUCAUAUCUGAGAAGUCACGGCAGUAUAGUGACUGGAAAAGGGGAAUCAUCACCUCCAUUUUUACAAGGGGAAAAAAAGAAGAUCUGGGCAACUACAGGCCAAUCAGUCUCACUUCUGUGCCCAGCAAGAUCACGGAGGAGAUCCUCCUGGAAACUCUGCUAAGGCACAUGGAAAACAAGGAGAGGCCAGAUGUCAUCUCUCUGGACUUCCAUAAGGCCUUUGACAUGGUCCCCCACAACAUCCUCCUCUCUGCAUUGGGGAGGCUUGGUUUCAUGGGUGGAGUGUUGUGGCGGAUAAGGAACUGGUUGGAUGGUCCCAUCCAGAGAGUACUGGUCAAUGCUUUGAUGUCCAAGUGGAGAUCAGUCACAAGUGAUGUUCCUCAGAGCGCUGCCUUACGCUUGCACGUAGUAACUGGAUUUUUCUCGCCACAACCUUUAUUGUAGGCUUACGCCAAAUUUUCUGGUGCUCCCCUGACAGUGAAUACUAUCAGUAACGCCUGGAGAGCUCCCAAAGGAGAUGUACCAGUCCUGGUAUCAGAAGACAUUGUUAUUUCUCAGCCAGCAAAAAUACUAAACUUCUUGAGAAAGCAGAAAUAUAAUGCUGAUUAUGAAUUGUCUGCAAAGCAAGGAGCUGAUACACUUGCAUAUAUUGCACUACUUGAAGAGAAACUGCUUCCUGCUCUGCUGCACACUUUCUGGGUUGAGGCUGAAAAUUACUGCAGUGUGACCAAGCCGUGGUUUGCCUCAAGGAUUUCCUUCCCAUUGAGUUUGUAUUUGCCUGGAAAGAUGUCCAGGGAAGCGCUGAACAGGAUCUUGCUGACCAGGGGAGGGCCUCCACUCUAUAGUCUCACUGAAGUGGAAGCACAGAUAUACAGGGAUGCCAAGGAGUGCCUAAAUCUCCUGUCGAAGAGAUUGGGAACAUCUCAGUUUUUCUUUGGAGAGACGCCUACUACCUUGGAUGCCUUUGUAUUUGGUUUCCUUGCACCAAUUUAUAAAGUAUGCUUCCCUAGAGUACAACUACAAGAGCAUUUGAAACAGCUUUCCAAUCUGUGUCGAUUCUGUGAUAAUAUUUUGACUUGCUACUUCAGGUUAACUGUCUCAGGCCAUUCUCCGGCUGGACAGGAUACAGCAGAUGCUAAUCUGCAGAAACUCACACAGCUUGUAAAUAAGGAAUCCAACUUGAUUGAAAAGAUGGACGACAACCUUCGUAAGAGUCCUCAGCAUCCCCCUCGAAAGCUAACAACUCUCAAGCUGGCUGCAGGUGGAGAAGAAAGCAAUCCUUUGAAUCGUUUGUCACCUUGA